AUGAGCGUCUCGAAAGCGACAGCGGGUGCGCUGUGUUUUUCCACCUUCACUUUACUCGUCUCACUCUAUUCUAUCUAUAACAUCUAUAAUGAUGUUCGCGGUAUUUGGAUGCAACUCGACGAACAAAUGGUAGAAUUCAAAGUCCAAACCGAUGAUAUCUGGACACAAAUGCUUGGCCUUGGCGCUGCCACGCCAUCCACUCGUCAACGACGUCAAGGCAAAGAUCAAUACGGAGCCUAUGAGGCACAAGGAGUGAACGCCGGCCCAGUCUGCGGUAAGAGGCCUUAUCCUUUUUUGUGUAGGAUAGCUUGUGGGACCAAAGAUGACUUUCCGGGGCUAUGGAUUAUGGGUCAUGUCACGCAUAAAAUGAAUUCCUGCAAAGUAGGCUUGAAUGACGCAUCCUAA